AUGCUAUUCUACCUGACAACGUUAAACCUCGUAUGGUUUUUGCAUGAAGACCCGCCAGCCACUACGGAAGGUAAUUUCGAUAGUAAGGUUGCAUGUGAUGCAUGGUCGCACGGAGAUUUCCUGUGUCGAAACUAUGUUCUCAACGCAUUGGACAACACGUUGUAUAAUUUGUAUUAUUCAAUAGAGACGGCAAAAUCUCUAUGGGAGUCACUUGAAAAGAAAUACAAAAUCCAAAGCGCCGGGUUGAAGAAAUUCAUCGUUGGCCAGUUUCUGAAUUUCAAGAUGGUGGAUUCCAAGAGCAUGACGUCUCAAGUCCAAGACUUGCAACUGAUACUGCAUGAUCUGGAUGCCAAAGGCAUGAAGCUGAACGAGUCAUUCAAAGUAGCCAUGGUAAUCGAGAAACUUCCUCCAUCAUGGAAGGUUUUCAAAAAUUACCUGAAGCACAAGAAAAAGGAGAUGGGACUUGAAGACCUAAUCCUAAGGCUACGAAUAGAGGAAGAUAAUUGA